UGAUAUGGUAAUUAUGACAACUCUCUUGUUACACUAAAUAAAUGGUGUGAAGAGUUAUGAUAUAUGCAUAAAGGUACAAUAUAUAAAGUAUCUUAAUAAUGAACUCUCUUAUUUGUCGCUGAUCCUGAAUCAUGGCAACUUUCGGUUAUACACUGGUUGCGGUUUUUGUACUGACAAUUACAUCUAUAUUAACCACGGAGGCCUGCGACAAAGCGUGUCAACGGGAAAGAGUGAGUUGUACCAAUAAAUGUCGUAUAGAGUAUCUCCGUAAUCGAAGAGAAUUCUUGGAAUGUUCACUCGAAUGUAAAGAGGAUUACCAAGAGUGCUGUGAGUGUUUCGUCGAAUGUGAUCAGGAGAAAACUGAGUGUCUUAUGGAUUGCCGCGAUGUGACUAAUCCCUGGGAGCGUCGGGAGUGUACUAAAGAAUGUCGGGAUGAAUUGCAGGAAUGUAAAUUCGAUUGUCCCUAACGGAGGAAAAGACAGAGUUUGACUUUUUACAGUUCAAUGAAUUAUGACUUUUCUGUCUCCUUUGUUACAUUAUAGGGCUAUCGUGUAUUAUUUAUACAUGUAUGUAUGUGGAACUUGAGGGUAGAUUAAAUGUAUGAAAGUU